AUGGGUAAAGAGAAGUUCAAAGCUGUGGAGGAUGUGAAACCGGAAGUGGAAGAAGUUGAGAAAGCAGAGGAAGUUGAAGAACAGAGAGACGUCGGAGAAGAAGAAGAACAAGAGGAGGCAGAUAAGACUUUCGAGGAGCUAGGGCUUGAUUCUCGUCUAAUUCGAGCUCUAACUAAAAAGGGUAUUGAGAAACCAACUCCUAUUCAGCAAUCAGCUAUUCCGUACAUUCUGGAAGGGAAAGAUGUGGUUGCUAGGGCAAAGACAGGGUCAGGUAAGACCUUGGCUUACCUUUUGCCAUUGCUUCAGAAGCUAUUUUCAGUAUCUGGGAACAAGAAGAAGCUUGCUCCUUCUGCUUUCAUUCUAGUUCCAUCUCGAGAAUUAAGUCACCAAGUUUACACUGAGGUUUCUUCGCUUAUUGAGUUGUGUCGUGUUCAACUUAAAGUAGUGCAGUUAGCUAGUACCAUGCCUGCAUCUGAUAUGCGUAACGCAUUGGCUGGAUUGCCUGAGAUUCUUGUCACUACACCGGCUUGUAUUCCAAAAUGUUUUGCUGCUGGAGUUUUAGAGCCUAAGGCUAUUAGUGACUCGCUUGAAAUUCUGGUUCUUGAUGAGGCAGAUCUUUUGUUAUCAUAUGGAUAUGAAGAUAAUCUAAGGUCUGUAAUUUCAAUAAUCCCAAGACGAUGCCUACGCCUUCUUAUGUCUGCUACCACAUGUUCUGAUGUUGAGAAAUUGAAGAAAUUGAUUCUGCACAACCCAGUCGUUUUGACCUUGCAAGAAGGUAAUGACAAGGAAGAGGCAGUCCCAAGUAAUGUUCAGCAGUUUUGGAUUUCUUGCAGUGCUCAGGAUAAACUUCUUCACAUUCUUGCUCUCUUGAAGCUUGAGGUGGUUCAGAAAAAGAUUUUGACAUUCGUCAAUUCGAUUGACAUGGGUUUCAGGUUGAAAUUAUUCUUGGAAAAGUUUGGAAUCAAGUCUGCAAUUUUAAAUGGGGAGUUGCCUCAGAAUUCUCGGCUUCAUAUCCUUGAGCAAUUCAAUGCAGGUCUUUUCGAUUAUUUGAUUGCAACGGAUGAUAAUAACCAGACUAAAGAAAAGGAAGAAUCUAAAGGUGAAGAUAACAAGGAUGAUAAAAAAAACAAAAGACGUGGCAAACCAAAGCUGGACGCUGAGUUCGGUGUAGUUAGGGGAAUCGAUUUCAAAAAAGUUCACACGGUCAUAAACUAUGAUAUGCCUCAAAGUGUUACAGGAUAUAUUCAUCGAAUUGGGCGUACAGGGAGAGCAUAUAGCAGCGGUUCUUCCAUUUCUCUUGUUUCUCCUGAUGAGAUGGAAGGGUUUGAAGAAAUAAAGUCCUUCUUAGCAGGCGACGAGGACAAGGACACUGAUAUUAUCACACCGUUUUCUUCGUUGACCAAAAAUGCUGUUGAAUCUUUAAGAUAUAGAGCUGAGGAUGUUGCAAAGAGCGUUACAAGGAUUGCGAUUCGAGAGUCUCGAGCUCAGGAUUUAAGGAAUGAGAUAAUCAACUCCGAAAAGUUAAAGGCUCAUUUUGAAGCUAAUCCGAAAGACUUGGAUCUGUUGAAACACGACAAGCCUCUCAGUAAGACUGCGCCUGCACCCCAUCUAAAGGACAUCCCCGAGUAUCUAGUGGACCCAAAGACUCAAGAAGCAAGCAAGAUGGUGAAGCUAGCUAGAGCCGCAAUGGGCGGCAGUAGAAGAUCCGGUGGAGGUGGUGGUCGCACAAACAAGAAACGAUCCAGAAAAGGCGGUGACCCGCUCAAAACCUUCAACCCCAAUGGAUCUAAUAAGAGAGGACGCGGUGGUGGCGGCGUUGGUCAGAAGAAGGAUGGUAAAGGAUCUAACGAUGGCUCGACACAACACAAGAAACAGAAGACGGUUUAA